CAUGCAUCAUAUCUGUCAUGCUUCGUCCGCUAGUUGCAGAAGUCUUUGUAUGGUGCGUAUGUUUGUAAAGUUUUAUCAAUCUUUCCCAAUGCUGCAUGUCGAUGAUAGUGUAGCAGCUGUAUGUCAAUGAUGGCAAUUCUGUGACAACCUCGGGAACCAACGCUCGGGUAUGUGGUGAGGGGAAGGGACCACAAGCUACUUCGGACCGGAUACGUCUCGACACGAUCAUUCGCUGAGCGACCAGUAGUGUUACACCGUGCUGCUUGCUCAUCUGCAAAAUCCGCUUCGAACCCGAUCAUGUGGAUAGCCUUCGCUUUGCGUCUUCGCCCAUCUUCUUGCUUCCUCCCGAAAACUACAUCUUCAAACGUGCCUCCGUGAUCGUCCACUUCCUUUCUGCGGACACCAUUAGAGAUAGCUACAUCGAUCAUAAUGGGUGGCUCGCAACCAUGGCCGCAAGUUCCGGUCGGGAAUAAAGACCACACUGACGCUGCAGUCGUUAUCAUUGGAGCCGGUAUCUCUGGUAUGUGCAUGGCAAUCGACCUCAUUAAGCGCAACCAAUGCCACAACUUCAUCAUUGUUGAGAAGAGCUCCAGCGUCGGCGGGACAUGGCAUGACAACAAGUAUCCAGGUUGUUGUUGCGAUGUUUGGAGCAUGUUGUAUAGUUAUUCAUUCGAACAGAAUCCGGAUUGGACUAGAGAGUACCCUGGCCAAGAGGAAAUACUUGACUAUCUUCGCAACGUAGCCCGCAAAUACAACCUCUACAAAUACAUCCGGUUCAACACAUCAGUCGAAUCCGCGACAUGGGACGAUUCCAAGAACCGUUGGAAGGUCGACGUCAACGUGACUGGUGGUAAAGACGCAGAAUUCAAUCCUGCUUAUAGUAUCGAAUGCGACUUUUUAGUCUCAGCUGUUGGCCAGCUGAACCAGCCACAAUAUCCAGAAAUUGAAGGGUUAGGAGACUUCAAGGGCAAGAUCAUGCAUUCGGCGCGUUGGGAUUGGAGCCACAGCCUUGAGGGCAAAAGUGUGGGCAUCAUCGGUAACGGUGCUACUGCUGCUCAAAUUAUUCCCGAGAUCUUGCCACAAACAUCCUCAUUGACAAUCUACCAACGAACUCCAAAUUGGGUCAUUCCACGUCUCGAUGGGCCCGUCAGCGCCUUCAAACGCGCAGUACUGCGCUACCUUCCCCCAGUUCGCUGGCGCAUCCGAGCCAACAUGAUGGACUUUCGCGAGUCUUUCUAUGAUGCCGUAACAGACAGCAGCAGCGAGUUCGCGGAAGUCAUCCGGAGUAGCUGCAUAGAGAUGAUGAAGACGCAGAUCCCCAACCAGCCCGACCUCUGGUCGAAACUCACCCCAGACUACAGUCCAGGUUGCAAGCGCGUCAUCAUAUCCGACGAUUAUUACCCCGCCGUUGCCAGCCCCAAGACAACCCUUGAGAGCAACAAAAUCCGUCGUAUCACGGAAACCGGCAUCGAGCUCGAAGACGGCACGCAUCACGAGCACGACACCAUUGUCCUUGCAACAGGUUUCCGCACAGUAGAGUUCCUGCACCCCAUCAAAGUAACCGGAACGCAAUCACGACCUCUAGCAGAAAUCUGGUCUUCCGGCGCCACAGCCUUGUACGGGACGACGAUCCCUUCCUUGCCCAACUUUGGACUCUUCUACGGACCCAACACAAAUCUGGGCCACAACUCCAUCAUAUUGAUGAUCGAAGCACAGUCUCGGUACCUCAACACGCUCGUCUCUGCUGUACUCGAUGCCCGAAACAGGGGCCAGAGGAUGGGCAUCAUGCCCAAGGAAGACAGAACGCAUGAAUGGAACGAGGGAAUUCAGCAGAUACUGAAGAACAGUUCUUUCGCGGAUCCAAAAUGCAAUAGUUGGUAUAAAAAUAAGGAGGGAAGGAUUACUAAUAAUUGGUCCGGGACUGUGAUUGAGUAUCAGGAGAUGCUUGCAAAGGUUGAUUGGGAGGAUUUCGAAACAACGACUGGUGGUGGUAGUGCUGCGCAUUCUGAUGAUGGUGUGAUGGUGGAGAAGAGUACUGGAGGAGUGAGCGCCAGUAAAGUUGUGUUUGGUACCGGGAAGCAAGAGACGAAGAUUGGAAGGGUUCAUGAGGAGACACUGGUCAGUAAUACUACGUUGGUGCUUGGCACACUGAGUGCAGUCGCUGCAGGUGCAGCAUGGGUGUAUCGGGGUAGAUUGCCCAAGAGACUGGGACUGCGAGCUUGAUCGUGGUUCAUUAGUGUGAAUAUAUUUGUGUGAUAUC